AUGGAGGUGCAUUGCAAUGAAGACAGUAUCAACAUUGUUCUGGAGAGGUCUGCUGACCUCACACUCUAUGAGGAUGACCUGAGGCUUGGCCAUUCAAACUGCACACUGCAUUCAAACGGGACGCACCUCCUGGCAAACAUAUCCCUCAAUGCCUGUCACACUCAGCGAAAGGACGACGGCAUUUAUCUGAUCUACUGGAACAAGAUUGUAUCAAUGAACAGUAGUGGAGCCCAGCAACCUGAUGUGGACAUUGACAUCGUCUGCAAGUACCUCAAACCACCAUCUUACAAACGACCAGUCAGCUUUACGAUGAAAGGCUUUGGCACAUUCACCUACCAGUUUGAGUUCUUUGAGUCAGGGGCAUUCACACAGCAGAAGGACAUAGACUCCUACCCACUGGAGUUCAACGUAGGAGAGAUGAUGUACAUGCAGAUUGAGUCCAUCACUGCCACGCUGAACACUGAACUGUUUGCUGAAUCCUGUUGGGCCACUCCAACAGCCAAUCGCCAUGAUCAUUUGUCCCACUCCAUCAUUGAAAAUGGAUGCAAGGUAGAUGAGACCCUGCAUAUGUACACACACCGCCAGUCCAAGGUCCAAUUCUCAAUGGAGGCUUUCAAGUUCAAGGAAUAUAAUGACCAGAUUUUCAUCAGUUGCGCAGUCAUCCUCUGCAAGGCUGGUAUGCCUGACAGCAGGUGUGCUCAGGGUUGCAGUAGCCAUGACACCGUCUCGGAACACAAACACAGAAUCGUGGCACGGGACACCUCAGCCCAGACGUCUGGCCAUGUCAUCUCCCAGGGGCCUCUGCAUGUCAGACAUAGUGUGUCAAGCUCCGGUAAUGUCCAAAUGCCUUAA